UUUUAGUCUCUUGCCAACGUGUAUAGUAAAAAAAGACUGGGCUGUCCCAAUCAUUUUUCUCAUCCACAAACAAACCAAAGCACGAUCGACGAAGCUCUCGCAAAACCUGAAGCAGUUUCCGUUUUCCCUCUCGAUCUCGAUCUUGAUCUUCUCCGAUUCGAUUCCACAAUCUCCGUCAACAUGAACGACGCAGAUGUCUCCAAGCAAAUCCAGCAGAUGGUGAGGUUUAUCCGCCAAGAAGCCGAGGAGAAAGCCAACGAGAUCUCUGUUUCCGCCGAAGAAGAAUUCAACAUCGAGAAGUUGCAGUUGGUUGAGGCUGAUAAGAAGAAGAUCCGUCAAGAGUACGAACGCAAAGAGAAGCAAGUUGAUGUUCGGAAGAAAAUUGAGUAUUCUAUGCAGCUGAAUGCUUCACGGUUAAAAGUUCUUCAAGCCCAAGAUGAUCUGGUUAAUAAAAUGAAAGAGGCUGCAGCGAAGGAACUCUUGAAUGUGAGUGGUGAUCCCGAAGUGUACGGAAGCCUCUUAAAAGAUCUCAUUAUUCAGAGUUUGCUGAGGCUGAAAGAACCUUCUGUUCUAUUGAGGUGUCGGGAAGUGGACCUGCCUUUGGUAGAGGAUGUCUUGGAGUCAGCUGCUCAAGAGUAUGCUGAAAAGGCAAAUGUUCAUGUACCAGAGGUCGUGGUUGAUAAGGAUGUCUAUCUUCCACCUGCCCCCAGCCAUCACAAUCCCCAUGAUCUCCACUGCUCUGGAGGUGUGGUAUUGGCUUCUCAUGAUGGAAAGAUUGUGUUUGAGAAUACACUUGAUGCACGUUUGGAUGUAUUGUUCCGUAACAAACUCCCAACGAUCCGCAAGGAGCUAUUUGGACAAGUUGCUGUUUGAAGACUUUGGUUGUAUUAUUUUGUUUCACCUACAAUAAUAUUUAUAAUUUACUGCAAAGAUUGUGUGAACGGAAGAUAUAUUGUGCCAUUGCUCUUGUAAACAGAGUAUUAUUGUUCUUUAGUUACUUCAUUUUUUGUGUCGCCCUUGAAGUUAUAGCGAUGAAUUUUAUCUGCCAAAUAAAGAUUGCUUUAGCUUA